AUGGAGGAGUACAUCGAAGCAACUCUGAAACAGGAAUUCAUACGACCAUCAACAUCCCCUGCCACUUCAAGCUUUUUCUUUGUUGGCAAGAAGGAUGGAGGCUUGCAGCUGUGUGUCAACUACCGUGCUCUCAACUCUCAAACAGUCAAGUUCCGUUAUCCCCUUCCUCCGGUCCCAGCUACCCUGGAACAACUUUGUGGAGCUCAUACCUUCACCAAGCUGGACCUGCGAAGUGCUUACAACCUUAUUCGGAUAUGUGAGGGCGAUGAGUGGAAGACCGCCUUCGUUACACCUUCAGGUCACUAUGAAUAUCAGGUGAUGCCAUAUGGAUUGUCCAACUCACCCUCCGUUUUCCAGGGAUUCAUGAAUGAGGUGAUCCGGGAGUUCCUCCAUCGCUUCGUCAUUGUCUACAUCGACAAUAUCCUGAUCUACUCCCAGAACCUGGCCGAACAUCGCCAACACGUUCCAUCUAUACCUGAAGCUGUAAAAGUGUGA